UCAGAUCAAUUACAGCUCACAGACUCUCUGCGAAAAGGGAAGUUCUCGGCCGACGCCUCCGAAGACGUCAAUACAUUGAAAAACGUAGACUUUCUGCGCAAAACGGGAGACAAUGUCUUUUCCGUGUCUUUCGAGUCCUUCUUCGGCGGCAUUUCAGGCAAAUUACAGAUCAAAACACUAAAUACCGAUUCGUUUGACAAUCAAUUCAAUCAAUGGUUGAGUCAAAGGUUUGAGUCAAGGGUUGGUCAGCCGUUGGCAGUGAUUAGUGGACUAAUUGUCACUAAAUUAUCGUCGGCAAAAAUGGCGACAAUUUUGCUGAAACACGAGAGAAGUAGUAGUGAAAUGUAUUUGGAGAGUCAGGUACGUCGAGUUGCAGUACCGGAUUCACGAUUUGAUUACCUCUGCAAAUACUAUGAGCCGCUCAGCGUUUGCCAGACACUGCUCUGCUCUUCAGUGUCAAUGAUAGAGCAAGAAUUUGUGUUGUAUUGGUUCACAAAUGUACAUAAU